GGGUCGUUUUGAGGUCAGUUUGCUGAAAUGACAAGGCUGUGACAGUGUGUGUGUCCAAGUGUGUCUGUACUGGACCGAUUCCUGUGACAUGGCCGCUGCUAAGAAGAGUUGUGCGAAGACGGGAGGUGUGCGCUUCUCAGAGAAACCUCCUGCUGCCAGCGCCUCAUCGCAUGUUCACUUUGACGAAAAGCUGCAUGACUCUGUUGUCAUGGUGACUGCAGAGGAGGAUGGCAACUUCAUGGUCAAGGUUGGCUUUCUGAAGGCGCAACACCGCUACGAAAUCGUGUUCACCUUGCCUGAAGUCCCAUCUCUGAAGGAUGCGUGUCCGGCGCCGGUGCCGGCCAGUCCACACCUCCGGAUCACUGAUAUCACACCCGCACCAGAAGGAGGUCUGAAGGUAACGUGUGAAUACAUGGCGCAGCAGGAGGGAGUUCUGUGUGAAGAGGUGCAACUGCUGAGUGAAACCAACGAGGAAACUUGUGUCAAGGUCAAAGUUCACGCCAGAGUCAUGGAUCGUCACCACGGUACACCCAUGCUGCUGGAGGGCGUCCGCUGCAUCGGGGUGGAGCUGGAGUACGACUCUGAACAGAGUGACUGGCAAGGAUUUGACUGAGUCUCAAAUUCCUGCUCCUAUUCGCAUACAUACAAACACACACACGCGCGAGCGCACACGCCAUAUCUCGAAAACAGAAGAAGAAAUAGAAACACACAUAGUGCACACGUAGCGCCACAUGCAGCAUAUGAAGUUGUUUUUUUUUUAGUUUUGAAUCUCUGACGAAAUAGAUAAAGUCUCUGCAAACAUUUACAUAUACAAGAACAUUCCUCCGCUGUGACUUUCACCGCAACAUCGGCAGCAUCUCAACGGACAUUUUGUCACAUUUCUACUUUCUACGACUCCUCCAAAAAGCCCUAAAAACUGCUCCACCAUCUCCACCUCUCUCUCUCUCUCUCUCUCUCUCUCUCUCGCCCAUCCACUUGUUUUAAGUUCUGUUGUUGGUGUGUAUUUUCUUUACUGAACCGCCAGGGGGCAGCAGUGCUCUUUAGAUCAGCGCAGCCCUACCUCCUCUUUCUCACCGCCUCUUGUGCUCCAGUUCACUCUUUUUCCUGAUGUGCAAACUGAACAAACUGUAUCCCACAUGGAUUUAAAGGUGCAGGUGUGCAUAAAGGGCUCUUUUAUUAAUCAAUCUACUUGAAAAUGAGCUAAAAGAAUGGAAUAAAUCUGCACAAAUCAGGGAAAUGAGGUUGAAUUUAGUAGCAAUGCUGAAAUGUCUGUUUAACCACCAGGGGGCACUACAGACCACUGUAUGUAACGCUCUUCAUUCUGAAGGCUUUUUUAGGGCAAAUUAUGAUCCUUAACUGUGCUGCAGGAUGGUAUUAUCUCUGUAUUUAAAGGAAAAAUCCAACUUGGACACUCUUAAACUUUUGAGAUCUUCACGGUUGCUUCUUUAUAUUUCUGUUUUACAUGUUUUAACCCAACCUACUUUGUCUACAUUACUGAUAUUUUGGGAAAUCCCUUCAGAAAUAUGUGUGAAGGUGUAAGUGAGGAAAUAAUUGGCAGCAGCAAUAAUGGAGAUGGGUUUUUACCUGUCAGGAGAAAUACCUCAAAGCACGUUUUUUUCCAGCUACAGAGCAUGCUACUGGUCUUUUUGAGUUGUAUCUGUUUAACACGUGUGAAUGAUUGUGGAUCUAGACACAAAUGCACUUUUUCUUUUAUUAUGAGGAACUGACACCAAAAUCUGUGAAACGUUUUCUGACAUGCUGUUUGUGUUUGUCCACUUUCUACACAAAUAAAAACUCACAAGAGAGCUGCAUCAACUAGUCAAGUAAUCAAUUAAUUGGCAGCUUUUUUGAUAAUCGAUUAAUCGUUUUAGUCAUUUGUUUCAAGCAAAAAUUCUAAUUUUCAUCAGUUUCAGCAUCUCAAAUGUGACAUUUUGCUCUUUUUUCUUUGUCCUUAUUGAAAUAUUGUUGGUUUUUGGACAGUUAGUCGUACAAAACAAGAAAACAGACAUCAAUGUAGGCUGUAAGAGAUUGAGAUUGCUACUUGUUUGGGUUUUUUUUAGCAUUUCAUUGACUAAUUAAUUGAUAAUAAAGCUACAACAAACUAUUAUUUUCAUACUCAUUUCAUCUUCAGAUUACUUUUCCAAUUGAUCGAUUAAUUGUUUUUUUCUAUAAAACACCUAAACACCAUCACAGUCUCCUGGAGUCCACAGUGACCAACAGUCCAAAGCCCAAAUAUAUUACAUUUUCUGUAAUUUAAGACAAGGCUAGGCAGGCAGCACAUUGAUAAAUUUGAGGGUCUGAAAGCAUCACAUUGUUGCUUCUAAAAGUAUCUAAAUAAUGGAUCAGUUAUCUAAGUAGUUGCAGAUUAACUUCCUGUCCAUCAACCAAUCGAUUAGUCGUUGCAGUUCUAGUAAAUAAUCAUUUGCAGUCCUAAUUCACAACCAAACCAUUGCACAUACCCAACAGCUGUAUUUUAAAAGUGUUUUUUGGGUGGAUUUUUCCUUUAAGGUAGCCCCGCUGCAGCCAGGCCUCAGCAGGCUUCAGGAAGGAUUAACAUUUAGUCUCUUUUGUUUGAAUUGAUGAAGCCUUCAGGACGCACAUGCGACACAAGUGCCUUCCAUUGUACUGUCCGAAUGACUUAACAUUGUUUUACCCCGACACAUACUGCAACCACCAGACAAACACACGGAGCAGUCUGAAGCAGCGGGGAGGUGACUGCACAUGUUGAAAGCCCGGUGACACCUCUGGGGGAGGGAAGGGCAAAUAGAAAAAUAUAUCUAUGGGAUCAGAAAACUGUAGAAAUGUUGCUCUCUUGAUCCGGUGUGACGCCUGCUUUGUUUGUUGUCCUUCCAAGUGUUAAAAUACCACCACCACCACCACCAUCAUCAUCAUCAUCAUCAUCACAUUUCCACCAGCUCUGAUCCGACAGGUGUAGCUACUGUAUCUGACUCAGCCUCCAUCAGUUUAAAUCAUAUUCAUUCAUAAAAAAUAAAAUAAAAACAUGAGAGUCGUAGCUCACAUCCUGGUCGAUUGACAUCUGUACUCAUAGAGCAAGUGCCAUGAUCUCCAUUAUCGUAUCACCUUCUGACAACAAUCA